GAAUUGGCAUAAUGACAACCUGCUACCUUCAUACCCAAUUUACCUACAAAAACAUGCUUCAAUUCGGGAAAGAUUUUUACAAUACCAUUUCCAACAUAAUGUCAGGAACAGACCAGAACAGAGAAUCAGAGCUACCCCUCAACAUGCAAUUUUAUGACUCCGAACGAUAUCAGCCAUCUUUAGAGGAUGUGCUCACUGUUAAAAACACCCUCUUCACUCUACGCCCAGAAUCCCCGCUACCUCUAGAGCUCAUCGAUGCCAUAAUAGAUUUAUCAGAAUAUUGGCCUCAUACAACAACCAAAGGAUUUUUCUUUCCAGGUCAGGAAGAGGGUGAUCAGAAUGUCAACAUCAUUAGACGAGAAGUCACCAUCAGAGCCGGGGGCCCAACAGAGAAUAAGUUCCUUUUACGGACCCUUCCCAUCGGCUGUCCCCCAUCUCAAGGAAACAACAAUAAUCCAUCUGGUCAAAUACAUUCAGAAGAUCAAUGGAAGUUUUCUAGACAGAUACCCAAGCCUUUGCCAAAAGAUCGAGAAAUUCCACAAGAUGCCACAGAGGAAGUCCUCAAUAAGUGGACGGAGACAUCACAAAUUCGUGGGGAGUUCCCCUGCAAGAAAAUCGUGUUUCAUAUCAGAAGUCAUGAUCAGGGGUGGGGAGGUGACCGUGCAGAUAAAGGGACAUACAGAGGAUCUUACACGUGGUUUGACGUUGGUCUGGAAAGAACAUAUGCCACGAGAAGAGAUCUAACAAAUAUCAAACCACCAGAACACAUCCCUGAAAGCCCCUCUUUCCGGCUCUCCAACUCUAACCCCGACACACAAGAAUCGACGAAUGAGAUUAGAUGCAGUACACAAACCAUCUCCCCUGAUGUUGAAAACAACCCAAGCUAUGAUCGUGAAAACGACGCAAAUCCGGUCACAAAAUACCCGCACAUGUUUAUACAUACACUUAACCCCGAUAACAAGAUCCUUCAGAAAAACAAAACCGCAACAAGGGUUUUUGAAGAUCAUAAGAUAACAUGGAGAUUCAAUGAUGAUGUACAUCCAGAAAGUCCCGAAGCAGACGAACUAGAAGCACAAGGUAGAGGACGAGAAACCGGUAAUGGCGAAUUCAUUCGCAACCUGAAAAUCGGUGAUGUGGUAACGCUUUGGGCGAAGGCGAGGUUUCCAGGUUGGGCUAAUACCGUGGAGGAUGUGGGUAUGGAUGUUUAUUAUGCGGUUUAAGUCUGUGUUCUAUCUAUCUACGUGAUGAUCCAGUCAUUCAGGAAUCAUCAUGGAGAGAUUCAGAAUCGCUUGGAGUAACUCACACCCGCUGUUGCCGAGGUGUUGUUGAAGAUAAACCCGAGAAAGGUGGUGAGCCAUUGCCGGAGGUUAGUGUGAAUAUUUGCAUGAGGAAGGAAGCUCGUCGAGGAGUAUAUUGUUCGUGCGACUUUGAAAAUUGAUGAGCAGCGGGCUGCUUACCUAUGAUGAGAUGAUAAGAUAGGGGUCAAAUUGAUAUGGGGGAAGGGGGGGGGGGGGGGGGGUGGUUACUUAGCUUAAUGAUACCAUGAUACCAACCACACA